GAAACCACCAUCAAACACAGACAUUCAAAUCAUCAGUGCUUAGUGGCAUUUUACUCUCAGUCGACAUGACAUCUGUCAGUGACCUCCAAAAGCUUCUGCCAGCUGUGCUGGUAUGGUUAAUGACUUUAAAGUCUUGCUUGUCUCAGCCUCAAGUGAAUGCAACCACCAUGAGCUACCCAGAUUAUGAGAACAUUGUGGAUUACGGUGACUUUCCCGUGCUUUGUGUGAAAGAAUCCAACCGCCAGUUCCGCCGUUGGUUCAUCCCUACUUUCUACUCCAUCAUCUGCGUCCUGGGACUGGCAGGAAACCUACUGGUCAUCGUCACCUCCUUCUACUUCAAGCGGCUCAAGACCAUGACAGAUGUGUACCUGCUCAACCUGUCCUUUGCCGACUUGCUCUUUGCUCUGUCACUCCCCUUUUGGGCAGCCAACUCAAUGACAAAAUGGAUUCUGGGCCUGGAGCUGUGCAAAGCCAUGCACACUGUCUACAAGGUCAGCUUCUACAGCAGCAUGUUCCUUCUCUCCUCCAUCAGCGUGGACCGCUACUUUGCAAUCGCCAAGGCCGUCUCUGCUCACCGCCACCGUUCCCAAGCAAUGUUUGUCAGCAAGGUGUCGUCGGGUGUCAUCUGGCUCAUGGCACUGAUCUUCUCCAUACCAGAAAUGAAAUAUACCACUGUCAGAAAUGACACCUGCACCCCUUACGCCAGCAAUGCUGACCAGCUCCGCGUCGCCAUCCAGGCAAGCCAGAUUGCUUUGGCCUUUGCCCUUCCGCUCAUGGUCAUGACCGUCUGUUACAGCAGCAUUGUCCAGACCCUUUGCCAGACUCGUAACUUUGAACGGAAUAAAGCCAUCAAGGUGAUUCUCGCUGUGGUCACUGUCUUCCUUGUCAGCCAAAUGCCUUAUAACCUAGUCCUAUUUUGGACCACAAUUGUCACAGCAAAAGGAGGAACUGAUGAUUGCAAUUAUGAAAACAAUCUUCUUUAUGCCAGUGAUGUGACGCAGUGUGUGGCUUUUCUGAGGUGCUGCCUGAAUCCUUUCGUUUAUGCCUUUAUUGGAGUGAAGUUUCGUCAUGACCUCUUGAAGCUACUCAAGGACUGGGGUUGCAUGAGCCAGGAGAGGUUCUUCAGGUAUACCUGUGGCAGAAGGAGGAGCUCGGGGGCUACCGACACUGAGACCACCACCACAUUCUCUCCUUAAAGCUGUAUCAGUAUGGACAACAGCCUACACACCUGCACACCACACAAUCUGCUGUCAAACAAAAAACAUAUUUUACAUGUAUAUAGUAGAAGUGAUGUAAAUGAACGUUAGGGUUUUUUUUUCUUCCAUGUUUUCUGGUGUUUGUCUCGUCAGUGUUCCAGGUCAAACUAGGCUUUGGUUAUUUUCCGCGUUGCUUACAGUCUAGACUAUUUCAAGAAAUUUUCUUUUCUGUAAUGUAAGAUUUUUUGCAAUAUUUUAAGAUGAUUAAAGAAGAUUAAAAAAUC